CCAGAUAUAGCUAAUGAUGGGUCCAAACCAGAGUAAUGUGUCCUCCGCACACGUUGUGGCUUGCACUUCCCACGUGGUAAUUUGGAGAACCCCCGUAACGCUGACCCUAGCUCUGCCCUACUUCUCGUGUUCGGACGGGUAUCUGCAGUCGCACCGCGUUCUCGAUCCUGGUAUAGACUCUGGGUGGCGAAGAUCGAACUGCAGAUGCCAUGAUUGGGCAUCAACCAAAUUGUCUCGGCUAAGCUGACAGCAAGCCUCAAAAGACUUUUGCUAUAGCAACUAUUUUGGUCACAGUCAGUUCGCCUUCUGGAACAGUCCUACGAGAUACGAUUUUGUUCGACUGGCGAGUAGGAUGCGCUCCCGUGUUGACGAGUAUCAAGAACACACCACCAUCGCACCAUCACCAGCGUUCUUAUAUGGACUAGUCAUCACAAUAUACCGGAAAAGCUUACAGCUGAAUCUAUAUUCCCUGGGAAUGUUGACAGCCAUCUCCAAAAGCCACACUUAGCAACACAAGGUCGCUGCAAAAGCAAUUUCCUGAUGACUCCCUCGAAUGAUCCGGUCGAAUCAGUACGGAACGCAUGUCGUAUGAUCAAGUCUUUAGAAGGAAUUUCCGGUGAUGACUGGCAUUUUUCGUUGUAGUGGUACUAUUUGGCGCGUCACUGAACUUGCUCGCUUUCGACAACUAUUGCGAGUCUUGGACAGUUGCUGUAGCAGCUCUUUACACCUACAACCUUCCCAAAGCUUGACGUCUUAACUUGGCCACAGAUCAGUGGCGCCGGAAUUUUGCUUGUUUUCAUUAUCGUAUCUCUCGCCUACCCAAGUGGAUAAGGACCUGAGUUCACGAAUUAUUCGUCGGCCAUCUCCGUGGCGUUCGAGGAAUUUCAAAUAUCGACGAUCGGCCGUGCCCGCCUACCAAAACUUUGAAGUCGAUAAAUCAUUGGCUGGUUGUAAUUGUAUUUGCUUGUGCAUCCUCAAAGCAAGGAGGCCUGAUGGCUGUCAUCACGUACCCAAUGGUCGAUCUUGGGUAUCAAUGUUGUACCUACCGGUACGCGUCUGUAUCAAAACUUUGGGCAGUGAUCUUCCAGAUUGGUAGUGGUCAAAGGUAUCUCUAAACCCUCUGCCAACGUAUAUAAUGCUUCAAUCCCGAUCUGUGCACCUUGGAAAACACCUACCUAUCUGACUUUCUCACUACUAUGUGCUACCAGGAAGAUAUACCAGCUACGCUAACACGCACCUUACCAUGAACUUAUCGCCAAUUGGGGCCCCAUGGCUUACAAUUGCAAAGCUGAAAAAAAAAACGGACAUAAAGUUCUCGUAUAACUCUCGAAGAUAUUAAGCCCAGACUUAUCGUCUUUCUCUCUGUACAGACUCCGCAUAUGCAAACUAUCGAAGCCAUGGCGAGCGAAUCCGCACUUUUCUUCAGACUACCUCUAAGAAUCCGCCAGACUAUUUACAGUAAUGUCCUCAAACAAACUACAGAGAUGUUUCUACUGCGCACAUGUCGUCAAAUAUACGUGGAGUCCCAUCAACUUGUAUUCCGGCAACCGCUUAAGCUCAGCAAUCAAACAUUGCGGCAACGACUCCGAAAAGUGCCAGAGAGAUUCAUGCCCGAGGUGACUGAGAUCUUCUUCACCCUCCACGAUGUUGACAUGACGCCUCUGCUGUCCCAGACAGUCUCCCCAUCACUUGUUCGAUCCGGCAAUAGCCUACCGCUACAUACGUGGGACAUCUACGACACGGAGGUCGAAAGCAUCAGAACGGCCUUGAUCCGGUUUCAAAGUGUCACCAGAUUCACUCUGCAAGUGCUCGAGGGCAGUCCGUCUCACUUAUAUCGCGAUUUUGUAGGCAGCAUCAUCGGCAUGUUAGCUUCUAUUUACCCCAAUAUCAACGGCCUCGGCUUCGAAGGCAGUUUCCGGGAUCAAAAUUUCCAGCUCUUAUCGCGUUUUAUGUCUCUGGAAUCGAUCUCGUUUGACUGUCAUCUGGUGCAGAGACAGGCCGAGAUAGCCAAAACAUUCUCCCGCCUCAAUUUGACCGGCGUGUCCUUUAUCACCCAACGCCCCCCUCCUCGAUCUUUCCGCCAUCAAGACGACAUGUCCACUCCCACCUCAUCUGCCAUGGGUGAGUUCCUCAGCACCUUCACGAGUCAGGCGUUGUCCAGCCUGUGUAUCUCGCAACCCCAUGCGCCAACUCCAAAUGUUCUCGUAUCUCUUCGGAGCUUCAUUUACAAAAACACGCGUGUCAAUCGACUGGAACUCGACUGGCCACGCCUAGAUCCUGAAAUAUUGCAGCGCUACACUCUAUUGAAUAAGCCUUUAAAAUGUCUUUGGAUAAGGGCAGUAGAUAGAGCCAGCGCCUUCGAUAUCUUCCGGAUUAUCGACGAGGAAAAGGGGGAUCAAAGGGUCGUCAAUCUACAAGACGUAGGGAUACUGCGCAGUUUCUGGCAUCCCAUUGUGACAGAAACUAAGAAACAAACUCGGGUUUCCGAUUCGUCUAGAGCAGAGGUGUCUGACCGCGUCACUUUCAAAGAUAUACAUCAAGAUGAAGAUUUAACGUCUGCUGAGCUUGAUGAAGCGAAUCUGGUCUUUGCACAGCACCGUCUGCGUGCGCUCGGGGUAAGAGUUAUGUGGUGUACGGAUCCGUAA